AAACUCGAAAACCGUGUUUUCAACGCUGCGGGUUCUCCGACCUCAUCCUCUUUCCUCGAGGGAUCAAAAUCUGCAGGAGCAGCCCCGUGCUAGCCGGGCUAGGCAUCCAGUGUCCCCGCACCCCACGACUUCCAUAGAACAAAAUGUCCCCGGCGUCCCCGGCCCGCCCUGGCUGGCGGGCGGCGCGGAGGCCGGGCAGGAAGCGGGGUGAAAAGAGGAAGGAGGGAAGGGGAGAGCGCGCGCGGGAGCUCGUUGGCGGCCUCGCUCCACCCCGGGCCGACUCCCGCCACGCCAGCCGCCGCCCCGGGCCCUGGGGGUGGAGUGGGGUGGGAGGGGGGCUGGCCGCCGCCUCCCCCUCCCUACUCGGCUCCCAUUCCCGCCGCACCCUGGACUGCGAUCGGCCAACGGGACGCCCCCCCCCACCCAAGCUCCGGGCCGGGAGCGGGGCUGAGUCAGCCCGUAACUGCACCGCCAAUUAGGAACCCAUUAUCGGUGGGAAGAGAGAGGAAAAUGAGCCUCCAGUGGGCGGCGGUCGCAACCUUUCUUUACGCCGAGAUAGGGCUCAUUCUGAUCUUCUGCCUGCCCUUCAUCCCGCCGCAGAGAUGGCAGAAGAUUUUUUCAUUCAGUCUCUGGGGUAAAAUUGCAAGUUUCUGGAACAAGGCUUUCCUAACUGUUAUAGUCCUAUUGAUUGUUCUGUUUCUGGAUGCUAUAAGAGAAGUAAGGAAAUAUUCCGUUACUCCUGCCAUUGAAAAGAGCGCAGCCGGAGUUAAACCUACUGCAUUUGAGCAUACACAGAUGAAACUUUUCAGGUCUCAGAGAAAUCUCUACAUUUCUGGAUUUUCUCUGUUUUUUUGGCUAGUAUUGAGACGGCUGGUUACCCUUAUUACUCAGUUGGCAAAAGAAAUGACACUAAAAACAGUACUUAAAAAACAAGCUGAAAGUACUUCCGAGGCUGCCAAACAAUUUAUGGAAGAGAAUGAAAAACUUAAAAAGAUCUUGAAAAACAGUGGCAGGGAGGAGGACAGCCUUUUGGAAGAAGAAAACAGAAAACUCUUAGAAGACCAGGAAAGACUACAAAUGGAGUUAAAGAAGACAUCAGAUGCCCUUUCUAAGGCUCAAACUGAUGUGAUAACAAUGAAGGUGCAAUCAGACAGACUUUCAAAGGAGUAUGACCGACUCCUGAAAGAACAUGUGGACCUUCAGAAUCAUUCAGGAAAAGGAAACAAAAAAAGCCUGUGAACUUUAUGAAAGAAGACGACUGUGGUGCACCGUGUCAACAUAAACAUGUUACCAUGUCAGCCUCUGGAAAAUGUCCAAUUCACUUCAGAAACAUGGAGUCAGCCACUAAAUUUUUAAUAUCCAUUCAUAGGGCUGUGUCACAAUGGCAGUAUGUGAUGAUGUUUCAGGUAUAUAAUAUAUAGCCUGUAUUCUAGCUCAUAAGAAAAAUGCAAGCAUGUUAAUCCUAUUUAUACACUGAUAGUAACACAUGUAUAUGAUGGCUAUAUGCUAACAAAGGGAAAAUAUUCAUUAGCCAUUUACUUCCAGAAUUAGAUAUUUCAGUUGCUUGAAACCAUUAAUAGCUUUAAAAGUUUUGAUGAGCUUUGAUUAAUAAUAAUAUUUUACUUAAUCAGGGAAUGAUAGUGACCAGGUACUUCAAAAUAAUAGUUAGCUGAUGAUAUUUGUCCACAAAGAGAUUAGGUGUGGAUAGAUGAUCAGAAUUAGCCACUACUUGUGUAAAGGCUGUGAAAGGACAAAUAAAACCAUGAACCUGACCCUUGAUGGGAUUUUUAAGCCUGAUGAUAUUAUGGUUUACUCCAGACAGCUAUAGCAAUAGUUAGAUUAGUAUGCUUUCUGCACCUGUUGCACUGUUUUUGUUGGUACGUGUGUUAAUACAUAAUUAUAAGCAAUCUAUUUUUUCAAGUUCAUCUAGUAAAAGAGUUUACAUAUAUUUGCAUAAGUACUAUAGCACUGAACUGAAAUAUAUUUUUCAACAAUGUGGAAUUCUUAACUUAGUUAAUGUAGAAUACAUUUUUUAAAAACAGUGUUUCUCAUUACUGUGAGAGUUACUGAUUUAUACAAAUUUUACCUCAAAUGUGCAUAUGCUGGUGUCACAAUUUCUGAGCUGUUUCUGUAUUCUGAAAACUAAGUAUUAAAAGUUGUUUUUCCAUUAAAAUACUUAUGGAGAGUUUCCUUUAGAAGGGAUCACUAAGAAAAUGAUGACUAGAGGAACCAGUUGGGAUGGGAGAUGCAUGCCGAAAGUAGAUAAUGGACCAAACAUGAUGACCUCUCAGUGUCUGUGUUGCAAGCCAUAAUGCCCAAAAGUAGAGAGUAUGGGGAAUAUUG